ACAGCAAAUCAAACAGAUUUUUUUUUUUUAGAAAUGAUGCACUACACUGAUACACUAAAUGAUCUACGCGAAUGCGUCAUGCAGAAAGGGUAUUUGCAGAUCUACAACUGAAGAAUCAUAUCUCCCCCGUUUUUAAUCUCACGACAGAGAAGAAAAUGUUGAGGCAGGGCCAUCCGAACCAGUCCCAGAAUACACAACAAAAGCUUUCACACCACACGACAAGCAAUUGGGGUUUAAAAAAGACGGAUCGACCGUCCGUUUUUAACAGUUUCGCGAAUUAAAUUAUCUAAUAAAAUCUGAACAUUUUCAAAUGGGUAAAAUCCCAUCGUAAACGGCGCUAUAAUUUAGUUUUAUAAUGCAUUGAGACACGUUUCUUUGUGCAGUCAAUUAGCAAACAGCUCCACAGCAGCUGAGCGUGAACUACGAGGCGGGCUGGUGUUGUGCUCCUAGAAGACGAGUCCUUUUCACUUCGAAACAAUUUUAAAUUUCAUAAAACGAUGGCCUGCGUGCAUGAAAGUUGCCCUCUCCUCUCUUCGCAAGAGCUCGUCGUCUGGUCUGGAGGCAGCUGGCACUAGUUGACGCUUAGGAGGCGGAACGCUGGAGUUACUCGACGGAGCGCACGAACACGGCGCACCAAUCGCGUCCAAAUGUCAGUAAACAGUCUAAGAAGUGACGCGUCCGGAGGAGGGGAGGGCGUAUUCGUUCGCCUCAAUCUCGGCCCCGGACUGCUCGAGCAGUGGGGCUCUGCAUGGCACAUUGACUUCGGAGCCCACUUUGGAACCUUUCGGCUCGACUUGCCCGGAUUUACUGCAGCUGCUCGUUAAUUUUCACCUCCCUGCAACAGUUCAGAGAGAGGAGGAUUGAACGGCAACUCCUGUCCCGGAGCGGCGCCGCAGACUGUCCAUCGCUGCUCUGCCGUAGGAAACUUAAACCUCUGACAAACUUUAAAUUAAGCAGGUGACGAACCCAGGCGCUGUUUUGCAAACCUUCUGUUUUGUAUUUUUUUUUAAAUACUACAAUUUUCGAUUACGCUGUGGUGCGGUUCCCUGUAUCUGCUUCUCUAAAGUAGCAACAACAGCAGCAACAAUUCUAAAACACCCCGUACACUGCACAGCGGCACAAAUAGGGGGAAAAAACACUUUCUUGGUUUUAUCGCAGUCUCUACCAGUAGUGCAGCGUGUCUUUAAAGUGGGGUUUGGAAAAGAAGGCAGGUCUGUGACUCUACGUUGUUAUGGAUGUUGCAACAGGUCCCGAGUCGCUGGAAAGGUGCUUUUCUGCGAGGAAUCAGUCCGAUUGCUCAAAGAUGUUGGACGGUAUAAAACUAGAAGACCAUCCCUUAAGAUCAGGACAGGCUACGCUGGGAGUUCUGCUCGGGACGGAGUGCCCUCACCCGGCGGUGUGCGAGGGCUGCCAGCGGCCCAUCUCCGACCGCUUUCUGAUGCGCGUCAACGAGUCGUCCUGGCACGAGGACUGUCUGCAGUGCGCCGUGUGUCAACAGCCCCUCACCACGAGCUGCUACUUCCGGGAUAGGAAACUCUACUGCAAGCACGACUACCAACAGCUGUUCGCCGCCAAGUGCAGCGGCUGCAUGGAGAAGAUCGCCCCCACGGAGUUCGUGAUGCGCGCCCUGGAGUCCGUCUACCACCUCAACUGCUUCUGCUGCUGCGUCUGCGACCGCCAGCUGCGCAGGGGCGACGAGUUCGUGCUGAAGGAAGGGCAGCUGCUGUGCAAGAGCGACUACGAGAAGGAGAAGGACCUCCUGAGCUCCGUCAGCCCCGACGACUCCGACUCAGCGAAGAGCGACGACGAGGACGUGGACGUGAAGCCGAGCAAAGGGCCCGGGUCCGCGGGCAAGGGCGGCGACGACGCCAAGGACCCGCGCAGGCCGAAGCGGCCCCGGACGAUCCUGACCACGCAGCAGCGCCGGGCCUUCAAGGCCUCGUUCGAGGUGUCGUCCAAGCCCUGCCGGAAGGUCCGAGAAACCCUGGCUGCAGAAACGGGUCUCAGUGUUCGAGUGGUCCAGGUGUGGUUCCAGAACCAGAGAGCAAAGAUGAAGAAGCUGGCACGGAGACAGCAGCAGCAGCAGGAGCAGCAGAACUCGCAGAGGCUGGGCCAAGAGGUGAUGUCCAAUCGGAUGGAGGGGAUGAUGAGCUCGUACGCGCCCCUGGCCCCACCCCAGCAGCAGCUCGUGGCCAUGGACCAGAACGGCUACAGCACGGACCCCUUCCAGCAGGGCCUCACCCCUCCGCAGAUGCCCGGGGACCACAUGAAUCCGUACGGAAACGACUCCAUUUUCCACGACAUAGACAGCGACACGUCCCUAACUAGCCUCAGCGACUGCUUCCUGCCCUCCUCGGAGGUCGGCUCCCUGCAGGCCCGGGUGGGAAACCCCAUCGACCGGCUCUACUCCAUGCAGAGCUCGUACUUCGCCUCGUGAAAGGCGGGGCCGCGGACGACGAGACAGGCGCCAUCUUCGCCCCUCCAGUACAGCUGUGAACACAACCCUGCGGUUUCUCGAGGUCGAGAAAACGUAAAAUCAAAAAAACAAAAAACACAAAACAAAACAACGGCCGAUGCGCGCACACAGAAACAGCCAACAGUGAACGGUUUUACUGUUUCUCUCCUCCCCGGCUCUUUGCCAAAACGCUGAGAAAAGACGGCGAAUUGCGUGGAGAAAAAUGGACGUCUCUGUUUCUUCUCGACAGCAAAGACGUGGAGAUGUCAAGACUUAAGCAGCUUUCAGAGAAAAAAAACCAACUGUUUUAUAGACCUAAUAUCUGUAGGAUAUUUGUACAUGACUUUAUGAAAAUAGCCCCCCCCCCAACUUGUUAACAUAAUAUACAUAAAUCGAUUUUUAAACAUGUCAUUUGACCAAGUACUGCAUCUGAAGGCUGGGAAUUGGACACGUUUCCCUAAUAGCAUGACUCCCACCAUUAACUUGUGAACAUUAAACUAGAAAAAAAAGGAAAAAAACCUUGUCAGACUUUGAGAUGUAAAUGUGAUGUCUGGACUUUCACGAUUGUUUCUUCUGUUUUGCUUCACACAAUGUUCAGUGCACACACACGUAGGUCAUCUUGUUCAUUUGUAGCCCUUACAGUGUAUGGUUUUGAGUAAAAGAGAUAUGGGGUCUGGAGGUAACACAGCAAUGACUGAGUGUAUAUAAGGGGCAACUUGUCCAAAACAAACCAGUUGUGCAUGUGAAGAUGGAAGCCCUCCUAUUUAUUUAUCUACAACGUGUGCCUGAAGGUACUUCAAAAACUGAAAAGCUUUAUUUAAAAAGAAGAAUUUCCCAAUGUAAAGUAGUGAAACAUGUUAUCUUUUACUUGUAUGUCAUUUAAUUCUGAAAUUAAAGCUAGUAUUUUGGUUUUGAUUUUUUAACUAGGCUGUAAAUCAGCAAUGUUGUACUAUUUAUUUGUUUUGAGCUCAACAAGACCUUGUUAAGAAUGCAUUUUUAAUGCUGAUAUUUGCUAAAUUACCAAAGUCUGUUGGUAUUAUAAAUAAACUCUGAAAAAACCUAACACUUUUUUCCUAGGAUCCGUAAAGCUUAAUUAUUUUUGCACCAUUUCUGUGAUACAAAGCCUACCUGUUGGAAAAAUAUAUACAUAUAUAUUUAAAAAAAGAAGUUUAAAAAGUUAGAACUUUUUUUCCUAGAGCAGUAGACAUACAAUGCACUUGCAGAGUAACCUCACACGGCUUGUUCAAAUAACAAGACAGCAGUUCUUCCAGAUUUGGACCAUAAAGAGAUUUUUUUGUACAUUUCGUUCCAAAUGUUAUUACAGGGUGAUGACAAAACUAUGUUCAACUGGAUCUCAGGUUGUACUGUUUGUAAAGUAUUAAAAAUUAAACUUAAUUAAGUGAA